CCAGGGCGCGUGGGCGGCACCAGGGUCAGCUGUUCCGCGUCCGCCCCGCCCAGUGCCCGGGUCCUAUAAGUGUGGCCCCAGCCUCGGAGCCCUGCGUGCGGAGUGGCCGGCAGUGCGGAGCAUGGCCUGGAACACCAACCUCCGGGGGCGGCUGCCCGUCACCUGCCUGAUCCUGCAGGUGGCGAUGGUGGUUCUCUUCGGCGUGUUCGUGCGCUACGAUAUACAGGCGGAUGCCCGCUGGUGGUUGGAGAAGAAGCGUAAGAACAUCUCCAGCGACAUUGAGAACGACUUUUACUAUCGCUACCCGAGCUUCCAGGACGUGCACGCCAUGGUCUUCGUGGGCUUCGGCUUCCUCAUGACCUUCCUGCAGCGCUACGGGUUCGGCGCCGUGGGCUUCAACUUCCUGCUGGCAGCUUUCGGCAUCCAGUGGGCGCUGCUCAUGCAGGGCUGGUUCCGCUUCUUCGAAGGAAACCACAUUAUCCUGAGCGUCGAGAACAUCAUUGAAGCUGACUUCUGUGUGGCAUCUACCUGUGUGGCCUUUGGGGCAGUUCUAGGAAAGGUCAGCCCAGUCCAACUGCUUAUCAUGACCUUCUUCCAAGUGACCCUCUUCUCAGUGAAUGAGUAUAUCCUCCUGAACCUGAUAGAGGCAAAGGAUGCAGGGGGCUCUAUGACCAUCCACACAUUUGGCGCCUACUUUGGGCUCACAGUGACCUGGAUCCUCUACCGAAAAAACCUGGAGCAGAGCAAGCAGAGACAGAGUUCCGUGUACCACUCGGACCUUUUUGCCAUGAUCGGCACCCUCUUUCUGUGGAUAUACUGGCCCAGCUUCAAUUCAGCCAGCUCCUUCCACGGAGACACCCAACAUCGAGCCGCCCUCAAUACCUACCUCUCCUUGGCGGCCAGUGUACUGACCACAGUGGCGGUGUCCAGUAUCAUUCACAAGAAGGGCAAGCUGGACAUGGUGCACAUCCAGAACGCUACGCUUGCAGGCGGGGUGGGCGUGGGCACAGCCGCAGAGAUGAUGCUCACGCCUUACGGCGCCCUCAUCGUGGGCUUCUUCUGUGGCACCUUCUCCACCCUAGGAUUCGCGUACCUAUCGCCAUUCCUGGAGUCCCGCCUGCGCAUCCAGGACACGUGUGGCAUUCACAACCUGCACGGCAUCCCUGGCAUCAUAGGUAGCAUCGUGGGCGCGGUGACAGCGGCCUACUCCUCCCCAGAUGUGUACGGAGAGCCAGGGAUAGUCCACACGUUUGGCUAUGGGGGCUAUAAGGCGGACUGGACCAGGAAAAUGCAGGGCAGUUCCCAGAUAUUCGGCCUCCUUCUGACCUUGGCCAUGGCCCUGGUGGGCGGCAUCGUUGUGGGACUCAUUUUGAAAUUGCCCUUCUGGGGACAAGCUGCUGAUGAAAACUGCUUUGAGGACACCAUCUACUGGGAGAUUCACGAAGAGGUGAACAGUAUUGUCUACAUUCCUGAGGACCUCGCCCAGAAACAUCCUGCUCCUGUGGUACACUCAAUACCCUUGGUACUUCCAACACCUUCAGCAUCCUUGGUUGCUCCAGUACCUCCUACACCUCCAGCAUCCUUAGCAACUCCAAUACCUUCAGCAUCUUUAAUACCCUAAGUUCCCAAGGCAGGUGAGAAGCAGGCUUCAAAGACUGUCCCCAAGCUCUGGGAAGAGCUGGAGCGACCUAGCUGGGGAUGCAGGAGCAGGACAGCUGCAGGGCCUGCUGACCUGGCUCCAGCACCUCCCACACCCCCUUCAUCCCAGGGGGGCUUGCCUGAGAAUGGAGGAGAUUCCGACAAAGGGAGCACCAAGCCAGGGUCAGCUGCAGGAGGUCUGCCCUGCCCCUGCCUGGGGUCAUGAUGCUCCAUAUCCUGUGGAAAAUGGCUGGGACGGGAGUGGGCUUGACCCUCCCAGGGGGCACCACUUCAUGAACUCUUCCAGCCCUGCCUGUCCUCCAACUGUAUCUCCCAUGUUCCCCGGGGACCCCAGACCACUCUAUCCCAUGUAGUAAAUAAAUGUUGUUGGUGUUCUUUGUAGAA